AUGUUCUAUACCGACGCAGAGAAGGUGCUCUGCUUCCACGGCCCGCUCAUCUACUCGGCCAAGGUGCUCAAGGCGGAAAAGUGGACGGGCGACGACAACGUCACGGGCCAAGUGGGGCCGCACUACCUCGUCCACUACGAUGGCUGGAAGAAGACCUGGGACGAAUGGGUGCCCGAGACGCGUCUGCUCAAGUACAACGACGAGAACCUCGCACGCAAGGCGACGCUGGAGGAAGCGGCCAAGGCUGGAUCGCUCAGCUCGUCGGGCGCGGAAAAGUCGUUGUCGAGCACCGCCAAGCGCGGACGUGACUCGGAUGCACACGAUCGCAAACCCGCCUCGUCGGCACGCGCAACAAAGCGCAGCAGGGACACGGUCGAGACCGAAGACGACUUUCUCAAACGCCCCGAGGUCAAGAUCUCGUUUCCGGACGAACUCAAACUGCAGCUCGUCGACGAUUGGGAGAGCAUCACCAAGAACGGUAUGCUCGUUCCAUUGCCCCGCAAACCGUGUGUCAAGGAUAUCCUGCAGGACUACAAGAAGCACUACCUCGCACACAAGCGCGAUGGCGCGAAACGAUCCCCACACGUCGUAGACGAGGUACUCAAGGGCCUCAAGCUCUACUUUGACCGCUCGCUCGGUCAGAAUCUGCUCUACCGCUUCGAACGCGCACAGUAUGUAGAGUACCGCAAGAAGAACGGUCCAAAGAUGGGCGAUGGCGAUGUCGGCAACGCACGCUCCGGGAACGGGUCCAUGGGCGGCGAUAUGGAGCCCAGCGACGUGUACGGCGCAGAACAUCUGCUGCGUCUCUUUGUCAAUCUGCCCUCGAUCAUCGUGCAUACCUCCAUGGACACCGAAUCCAUCAGCCUGCUAAAGGACCAUCUCGCAGAGUUCCUCGCCUACAUUGCGCGCGAGAAACAUCGCCUCUUUGUCAGAGAAUACGAGGCAGCAUCGCCCGCAUACCACCGCAUCAGCUCCACAUAA